GCUGAAAUGGAUAUUCUAAACUUGUUCCAUGUUCAGGAGAUGAUUGCUGUUGUCACGGGCGGAGGUACAGGUAUCGUAUCUCCAUAUGAUCUUGUUCUGAUUCGAGUUCUCACUGCAGUCCUCAACAAACCACGAUUCUAGUCGCACCGCUAAUAUUGCACCCAGGUAUUGGUUUUAUGAUAGCCAAAGCUCUCGUAUCUGCAGGCGCUUCCAAAGUAUACAUUCUGGGUCGCCGCAAAGACAAACUCGAACUCGCAGCUGCACAGCAUGAAAGCCUUAUCCCACUGCAAUGCGACAUAACAUCGAAAGAAUCACUACAAGCCGCCGUUGAUACCAUCGCUAAAGAUGUCGGAUUCAUCAAUCUACUUGUCGCAAAUUCUGGUAUUCUAGGUCCAACAUCAAGCUUCGUGCCAGGUCUCGGCGUCCAAGAAUUGCGAAAGAACAUAUUCGAAGACACAGCCAUGGAGGAAUUUGCGCAGACAUUCCAUGUCAACACAACUGCGACAUACUUCAGCAUGUUCGCUUUCCUUGAGUUAUUGGAUGCAGGGAACAAGAAUGCACUGGAUGGUGGCUUUGGUAAGCCACUUGGAGAAGGCAGCAAGGUACCGAGUAUACAGUCACAAGUCAUCAUCACAUCUAGCGUUGGCGCUUUUUUGCGUGAGUGGCAGUGCGCGCCGGCAUACGCAGGGAGCAAAGCAGCCAUCACACAUAUGGUCAAACACGCUAGCACGGGACUUGCACCGCACGGUAUUCGGAUUAACGCUUUAGCACCUGGAUUCUUUCCCUCAGAAAUGGCCAAUACUAUUAUUGAGAGCAGAGAUCCCAGUACGGAGAGCGUCGACGAUCCGAACUUUAUCCCCGCACGUCGGUUUGGGGGAGAAGAGGAAAUGAGUGGAACAAUAUUGUAUCUUGCGAGUCGGGCGGGCAGCUUCUGUAAUGGACUGAUACUUGCUAAUGACGGAGGGAGGUUGGGUGUUACGAUGAGCACUUACUGAACAC